UCAAAUCUCACUCACAAACAAACACAAACACAAACAUUUUUCAAAACCUCACACACAUCAAAAAACUUUCUCUCUCUCAUUUUUUUCAACAUGGACACAAACCUAGGAUCCCUCGAAGCAUGCAAAUCACCAUGCAACGACAUAAUAACAACACCUUCAUCAAACGGCACUGUUUCCACAAUCCAAAAAUCCCCCUCAACCCAAUCCCUAGCUUCAUCUGAAUCAACCCUAGGCAGCCACUUAGCUCGGCGACUAGUGGAAGUCGGUAUCACCGACAUCUUCACCGUCCCUGGUGACUUCAACCUGACGUUGCUCGACCACUUGAUCGCUGAACCGAAGCUGAAAAACAUCGGUUGCUGUAACGAACUUAAUGCUGGAUAUGCUGCUGAUGGAUAUGCAAGGUCUAGAGGUGUGGGAGCUUGUGUUGUUACAUUUACUGUUGGUGGGUUAAGUGUGAUUAAUGCAAUUGCUGGUGCUUAUAGUGAGAAUUUGCCAGUGAUUUGUAUUGUUGGUGGACCAAAUUCUAAUGAUUUUGGGACUAAUAGAAUUCUUCAUCAUACUAUUGGUUUGCCUGAUUUUAGCCAGGAACUUAGGUGUUUCCAGACUGUUACUUGCUACCAGGCUGUGGUCAACAACUUGGAAGAUGCACAUGAAAUGAUUGACACUGCAAUCUCAACAGCACUGAAAGAAAGCAAGCCUGUUUAUAUAAGCAUAAGCUGUAACUUAGCUUCCAUUCCUCACCCUACUUUCAGCCAUGAACCUGUUCCAUUUUCCUUGUCUCCAAAAUUGAGUAAUCCAAUGGGAUUAGAGGCAGCAGUGGAAGCAGCUGCAGAGUUUCUCAACAAAGCAGUGAAACCGGUACUAGUAGCCGGUCCAAAACUAAGAGUAGCGAAAGCAUGUGAAGCUUUUAUUGAGCUAGCUGAUAAAAGUGCUUAUCCAUAUUCAGUCAUGCCAUCUGCCAAAGGACUAAUUCCUGAGGAUCACAAACAUUUCAUUGGAACAUUUUGGGGUGCAGUGAGCACUGCAUUUUGUGCCGAGAUUGUGGAAUCGGCUGAUGCAUACCUAUUUGCUGGACCUAUUUUCAAUGAUUACAGUUCUGUUGGAUACUCACUUCUUUUGAAGAAAGAAAAAGCUAUUAUUGUUCAGCCUGAUAGGGUUGUGAUUGGAAAUGGUCCUACAUUUGGGUGUGUCUUGAUGAAGGAUUUUCUUAGCGCGCUCGCGAAGCGUCUUAAGAGGAACAAUACUGCUUAUGAGAAUUAUUUCAGGAUUUUUGUUCCUGAAGGUUUGCCGGUGAAAUCUGAACCUAGAGAGCCUUUGAGGGUUAAUGUUCUUUUUCAACAUAUUCAGAAUAUGUUGUCGAGUGAAACUGCUGUUAUUGCCGAGACAGGGGACUCAUGGUUUAACUGCCAAAAGCUGAAAUUGCCAAAAGGAUGCGGUUAUGAGUUCCAAAUGCAAUAUGGUUCAAUUGGAUGGUCUGUUGGUGCAACUCUUGGUUAUGCUCAAGCUGUUCCGGAGAAGCGAGUGAUUGCUUGCAUUGGUGAUGGAAGUUUCCAGGUGACAGCACAGGAUGUUUCCACAAUGCUGAGAUGUGGUCAGAAGACCAUAAUCUUCUUGAUUAACAAUGGUGGAUACACUAUUGAAGUUGAAAUCCAUGAUGGACCAUACAAUGUGAUCAAGAACUGGAAUUACACUGGCUUAGUUGAUGCUAUCCACAAUGGUCAAGGACAUUGCUGGACCACCAAGGUCUUUUGUGAAGAGGAGCUUGUUGAAGCAAUUGAGACAGCAACAGGACCAAUGAAGAAUUGCUUAUGCUUUAUUGAGGUGAUUGUUCACAAGGAUGACACUAGCAAAGAGUUGCUUGAGUGGGGAUCAAGGGUUUCUUCUGCAAACAGUCGUCCUCCUAAUCCUCAGUGAACUUCAGAAAUUUAAAUUUAAGUUAUGAGUUCCAGAUGCAAUAUGGAUCAAUUGGAUGGUCUGUCGUCGGUGCAACUCUUGGUUAUGUUGAAGCUGUUCCGGGGAAGUGAGUAAUUGCACAUCAUAACUACUUAAGAGGAAUAAUACUGCUUAUGAAAAUUACUUUAGGAUUUUUGAGGGUUAAUGUUCUUUUACAACAUAUUCAAAAUAUGUUGUCCAAUGAACUACUGUCAUUGCGGUGACAGGGGACUCUUGGUUUAACUGCCAAAAGCUGAAAUUGCCAAAAAAAUGUGGGUAAGUAUUAAAAAAAAUUAAAUAAAUGGCAUAGACAUUAUUACUUAUGUUGACCCAUUUUUGCUUACAUUUGGGACAUAAGGAUUAUUA